AUGAAUAAGGAAGUGUGUGAAAGCUUUCUGAAUGUAUGGGAGGUUUUUCCCGAUAAAUUGACCAAAAAUAAUGGAUAUCAUGAAAUUAAUGAUGGUAAUUUUUUAAAUAGUUAUUGUGGUAGUUAUAGUUGUGAUACUGAUCUCAAAAAAAUUGAUGCCGGAUUUUUUUAUUUGGUUAAUAAAUUCUUUGGGGCUUCUGGUGUGUUUAAGAAUAAUGCAAAAAGCAAUAUCAAUGCUGUUGAAUACAUUAUCAUAUGGUUAAGUCAUAUGUUAAACCUAAAGGAUAAACAAGGAAACAUUUUAACAAAUUUUUAUAAAGUAUAUAUUAAUAAUCAAGAUAAGUAUAAAAAUACUAUAAAUGGUGUUGAAGGUUGUAGUAAUUAUGAUGAUCUUAUAUAUAAAAAAAAUGAAUUGAUGAAAAUUACUAAUGAAAAAUUGUCUAAAUUUUAUGCUCCAUUUAAAUCAUUAUGUGAAAUGUAUUCUAUAUUUGGUGACGACAAUAAAAAUUGCACAAAAUGUUUGGAAAAAGCUAAAGAAUUUGUUGAAAAAUAUAAAGAACUUAGUGAAGAUUAUAGUAUUACUAAUGAUAGUUCCUGUAAUAAAAUAUUGUGUACUUUAUCAAAUGAUUAUGAUAAUUUUAAAAAGAAAUGCAAAGACAGUUCAUCCUUUCCAACUAUAGACAAACCAAAUAUUACUCCAAAAUGUCCUGAACAAACUUCUGAACAAAAUUCUAAACAAAUUCAUGUAAAUAUUUCUACAAAAAAUUCUGAACAAAAUUUAAGUUAUGCAGUAACUUCUGAAGAUGCACCAUUAAGUUCGUCAAUAGGAAACAAAUUACUUACAGUUUUAUCGAUAUUUGGUGCAAUAGCAUUUCUUUUAGGAAUUUCUUAUAAGUAUUCGUUAUUUGGAUUUCGGAAACGAGAUAAAAAACAAUAUUUAAGAGAAAAAAUUAAAAAGGUAAAGAAGAAAAUGAAUCAUUAA